CACUAGUCGUCUGACAUUCUGUCUGACAUAUUUACAUGUGUUGUCUGUUGUGAAUUGUAGCUCGUGUUAUACUUUUCUUUAAUGCGGCUUACUACCUAAACUGGAGCGAAUUUAACAAUAUUAAAUUGUAGUUGUAUGAAUUUAGAAUUUCUUUAAACACAAAGAUGGUCCCUACUUCCCGGAGGAUACCUAACAUUCUAAUAACAGGUACACCUGGAGUGGGUAAAUCUACAAUAUGCCGAAUACUUGAAGAAAGAACCGAGCUGAUAUGGAGAGAAGUAUCGAAGCUUGCAGCAGAAUUUAACUGUUUGGAUGAAUUCGAUCCAGAGUACCAGUGCCCGUUCUUAAAUGAAGACAAGUUAAUGGACCACAUGGAAGGUAUGAUGGCUAAGGGAGGUAACAUAGUUGAAUACCACGGUUGUGAUUUCUUCCCUGAAAGAUGGUUUGAUGGUGUGUUUGUGAUCAGAACUAACAACACAGCUCUGUAUGACAGACUUACAGCAAGGGGUUACACAGGCAAGAAACUAGAAGACAAUAUACAAUGUGAGAUAUUUGAAACAGUAUUAGAGGAGGCACAAAAUUCAUACAAGCCAGAGAUAGUGAUUGAGUUACAAAAUGAUUCCGAUGACCAACUUCAGGCGAAUGUUGAUGCUAUUGUGGAGUGGAUUGAAAGGUGGAGAGAAGAAAAUAUAUAGCCACAUAUAGUUGUUUGUUAUUAUUUUAUUUAUUACUAUUAUCUUAAUAGUACAGCCAUGAAGCAAGCAUUGUGUAAUGGAGCUUCCACACAUUGCAGUUAUAUGUUAAGAUUUUAUCAAGAGAUAUAACAGUAAAUUGCAACAAAUAUGGCAUAUGUUACAGGAUGCUAUGUUGUACAGGGUUUUAUUAAUAUUGCGUUACUAAAUAAAACAACUUAUUUUCAAAAUAAUAUGACAAUAAGUUACUCAAAACAUAGAUGUGAAAUAAAAGAAGUGUAAGUUUUUAAGCAAAUAAAUAUCAAUGACAAAGUAAUUUAAAAAGUAUUUGGUUUAAUUUAUAUACAUAAUUCCAAAAUUAGCCUAAAUAUAUAUUAUGUUAUAUAACUGAUGUGUGGGAGCAUGUAUUUCUGUUUUCAUAUGAAAACUGCAGCUCGAUUAAUAGUUGGCAGGAUGGUUUAAAAAAAUGUAGACCCCUCUACCUUUUUUGAAGUUGGUAAAAAUAAUAUAAUCUUAUUGCAAAUUGGGUAAUGAUCCAGCAAAAUAUUUAAUUUCACUCUAUGUAAUUAAGUAUAAGGUGUGUUCUGUGGACACUGUAGAAACAAUGUCAAUUUGUUAUUCAACAAGAUGAUAGCCUUGCUAAACUAGCAUAAUUACUUUUAUUGUAUAUUUCAUGAAGUAAAAUAUAAUUUGUUAAACUAAACUAAAAAUUAAAAAAAUGAAAGAGAUCUUCAAUGAAAUUGUUGAUUACAGAGGCAUGUUAACAGAUUCAAGAAAUAAAUUAUUUUA